AAUGGGUUUGUAUUUAACAAAACCUGAAACAACUAAAUUAACUUAAUCAGGUUAAGUAUUUGAUUAUACAUAUACAUCUACAUCAUUGCAGGGUUGGCAAAUCUAAUAGGAUGAAUUUACUAUUAUUAAAGAGAAAUUUGAUUAAGAAAAUAGUUUAUUCUGUAUAGUGGAAUAAUAUGGUGGAAUAGAAUAUGGCAAAUACAUUUAAGAUCAUAUAGUGGAAGCAUUAAUUAAUGACUAAGAAUAUAAAUAGAAAAAUUAUGAUAAAGCUAUUGUCAGUUUAUAUGAGAGAUUGGAUAAUCAAUUGAAAAAUCAAUUUAAGGAGAGUACUAGUUAUUAAGGUGUUACUCUAUUAUUAACAUUGAUUACUAAUGAAAAUAUUUAUGUAGCCAAUGCAGGAGUACUUAAUACUUUUUGAUAUCAUAUAGUUAUCUAGAUGUGUAAUUAGAUAUGAAGGCAAACACAAAGUAAUGACAGUUGAACAUUAUCCUAUUAAUGAUUUAGAGAAAUAACGUAUUCUUGCUGCUGGAGGUGAAGUUUGGGAAAAUAGAUUAAAUGCUCAUCUUCCUUAUAGUAGAGGUCUUGGAAAUUUCGAAUAUAAAUCCAAUUCCAAUCUAGAUUAAAACAAAUAACUUCUUAUUUCUGUACCAAGUAUUAAGUAUGUUGACAAAGAAGAUACUGAGUUAAUUUUAAUGGGAAGUCACGGUUAAAAUUAUUCAUGAUGAAUUUUUAGGUUUUUGGGAAACCUGGACUAAUAAUGCCAUAACAGAAAUGAUUCUUGAAAGAAUUCAAUAAGGAAAAGCUUUGUCUGAUAUUUUAGAAACAAUUUGCGAUUCAAUUGUUGCAAAGAAUGUUGAAUCAGAAUAUGGAAAAGAUAACAUUUCUAGUAUUUUAAUUUAUUUCUAAAGAGGAUAAAAAAACAAGUUAUUUGAUCAAUGAUUUAAAAUAAUUAAUUUAUUAUAUCUAAAUGUAAAAAAAAUAACAAUCUCAACCUUUUUUGUUAAGCCAAUAAGAAGUACCGUUUUAAUGUCGAGUUGUUCGAAAACAUUUUUUUAAGGAUAGAGUAUAUUAGUUAAAAUAUUACAAUAACCAAAUCACAAUGACUUACGUAAAUACUAUUGACAUAUUUUAGCAUUUAAAUAUGGAUGCUCCAAAAUAUAUUAUGAAAAUCGAUGAAUUCACUACUUUUGAAUGGUUAAUCAAACAAUAAAGGUUGUUUGGUUUCAAAUUUCCUUAUCAAGGGAAAUUAAAGGAGUUUCAUGCUGACCAGACUGACCUAAUCUCACUUAGAUAGAGAUUGAGUAACAAAAUGGUUUUCCUCAAUCUAAGUUAAAACUAUAAAUAUCUUACAACUUUAGAAUCAGGGUCGUUUGGUUAGGUAUGAAAUUAUCAUAUAUUAUUUAUAGGUUACAUCCAAUGAAUAUUACUUUAAUAAUAAUAAAGUGGCUAUUAAACAUAUAUUACUUAAUGGAAAGAAAGACCAAUAAAAACAAAUAGAGAAUGAAAUUUAGAUCCUAAGAUCAAUUAAACAUCCACGAUUACUUGAGAUCUAUGAAGUAUUUAAAAAUGAACUUUAUUAUUAAAUUGUGACUGAAUUUAUAGAAGGUGAUAAUUUAAAACAGCUAAUGUUCAAUAAAUUAAACCAAUUUAAAAAUGAAGAAAUUUUAGAAAUCAUGCAAGUAUAAAUUAAAUAAAAUUUAAGUAAUUAUUUGAAGCUUUGACUUAUCUUCAUCGUAAUUAGAUACUUCAUAGAGAUAUCAAACCAGCCAACAUUAUGUAUCAUAAUAAUAAGCUCAAAUUGAUCGAUUUUGGACUUGCUUGUUAUGAUGGUAAAUAAUUAUUAGAAAAUCCUAAUUGUGGCACAGAGGGUUAUGUGGCACCUGAAGUCUUAAAUGUUAAUUAAACUAAAUUAAAUUAUGAUUUUAAAGUCGAUGUAUAUAGUGCUGGUUGUGUAUUAUACAUCCUAUUAACAGGCACUAAAUUACAAUAAUCAAAUUAGUCAAGUAUGAGUUUUUAAAAAAAUAAAACAUAUCAAAAUAGUGAAAAUAGCUAAUUGUUCGAAUUAGUUAAAAUAAUGACCAAACCUAAUCCAUUUGAUAGACCAUCAAGUUUUUAGGUUCUAGAAUUAAUUAGAUUAAUUAAAGAGAAUUGUGCUUAUGAUAUCAGUUUAUGGUAUAGUAAUGCAUUUAAUCUUUCUAAUUCAAAUAAUUCUUAUUAAACUGCAUCUACUGCAAGGUAUAUUCAUACCUCAAAGAAUUAAAAAAGUGUAUGUAGCUUUAAUAGUGCCAGAGGAAUUGGCUAGACCCUUUCUAAAUAAAUUAUAAAAUGA